UAAAUCAUUUUUUCUCUUUCAUUCAUCUCCGAUUCUUUCGUUCUCUCUCUCUCUCUCUGAGUUGCGUCUUGGUUGAAUUGCGAACUCAGUGGCAGAACUUCCUCACUAGUUAUUUUCGUUUUUUCACUCUCUAACUUCAAAUUAAUUUAUUUGAAAACCACCAAAGUUGUGUGUGUUGUAUUUCAUGUUUUUUUUUGUCUGUUUUUUAAUUGUUGUGGAUCUAUGAACUAUGAAUCUAAGUAACGGUAAAGGAUCCAUUUCUCCGGUGAUUUCAACUAUGACUAUGAAAUCCGGUGAAACUUCUGACCAGUUUCCGGCGGGUUUACGUGUUCUGGUAGUGGAUGAUGAUCCCACGUGUCUUAUGAUCCUCGAGAAGAUGCUUCGCACAUGUCUUUACGAAGUUACAAAAUGCAAUCGAGCUGAGACUGCACUUUCACUCCUUAGAGAGAACAAGAAUGGAUUUGACAUUGUUAUCAGUGAUGUCCAUAUGCCUGACAUGGAUGGAUUCAAACUUUUAGAGCACAUUGGAUUGGAAAUGGACCUUCCGGUUAUUAUGAUGUCUGCGGACGAUGGUAAAAGUGUUGUUCUGAAGGGUGUAACGCAUGGUGCUUGUGAUUACCUAAUUAAACCUGUUCGUAUAGAGGCUUUGAAGAACAUAUGGCAACAUGUGGUUCGGAAGAAAAAGAACGAGUGGACAGAGCAAUCGGGUAGUGCUGAUGAAGCAGAUCGUCAUCCAAAGGCAUCUGACGAUGCUGAUUAUUCGUCGUCUGCUAAUGAAGGAACUUGGAGAAACUCAAGAAAAAGAAGGGACGAGGAAGAGGAAGCUGAUGAUAGAGAUGAUUCGUCCACGCUAAAGAAGCCACGAGUUGUUUGGUCUGUCGAGCUCCAUCAGCAGUUUGUGGCUGCUGUGGAUCAGCUUGGAAUUGACAAGGCUGUUCCUAAAAAAAUUCUGGAAUUGAUGAAUGUUCCUGGGCUCACGAGAGAAAAUGUUGCCAGCCACCUGCAGAAAUAUCGAUUGUAUCUUCGAAGGCUGAGUGGAGUUUCUCAGCACCAGAAUAACUUGAACAACUCCUUUCUCAGCCCACAAGAGGCAUCAUUCGGGACAAUUUCAUCUAUUAGUGGUCUUGAUCUUCAAACUCUUGCAGCUGCUGGUCAGCUCCCAGCACAAAGUCUAGCCACUCUUCAAGCUGCGGGACUCGGUAGGUCAACUGCAAGACCAGGCUUACCAAUGCCUCUUGGGGAUCAAAGAAACCUUUUCAGCUUUGAAAACCCUAGGUUGAGAUUCGGAGAAGGGCAACAGCAACAUUUGAGCAACAAUAAACCAACAAAUCUUCUUCAUGGAGUUCCUACUAACAUGGAGCCGAAGCAGCUUACCAAUUUGCACCAGUCUGCACAAUCCCUCGGCAACUUGAACUUGCGAGUCGCUGGUUCAUCUUCACAGGGAAAUCCCUUAUUGAUGCAGAUGGCACAAUCCCAACCUAGAGGUCAGAUGCUAAGCGAAAAUACCAGCCCUCGUGUUCCGAGACUACCGAACCCCUUAGGACAGCCUAAUGUAUCAAAUGGAUUUUCCGACGGUCUUCUGGGGAGAAACGGCAUAACUGGUGGCAGCAGACCGCCUGCUUAUAAUCCUCUUGCACCAAGCUCUUCAUUUUUGAGUUUUCCCAUGAAUCAAAGCACUGAAAUGUCUGCUACUAAUUUCCCUCUUGGAAGCACUCCGGGAAUAUCUAGUAUCCCAACCAAAGCCUCGUUUCAUGCGGAAAUUACUUCAGGAAUGAAAGGAUCUGCCGGUUUUCCAAGUUACGAUAUUUUUAAUGAACUACACCAUCAGAAGUCCCGAGAUUGGGGGAUGACAAACACAAGCCUAACAUAUGACUCCUCUCAGCAUGCAAAUCCUUUACACAAUAACAUCGAUGUCUCUCCGUCAGUUUUAGUCCAUCAGGGUUAUUUUUCUACCCAACAAACUGGACAAAGCAGAGAUGCUGCCCCAUUGAUUGGAAAAUCUCCUUUCUCUCUGGGAGAAAGCUCGGAACAUGGUAAUCUCCAAAACGGCGGUCAACACCUAAAUCCCCUUCUCGUCGAAAGCUCAAUAAGGAUUAAGGCUGAAAGAUUUCCCGAUGCAAGCUCCCAGACUAAUCUCUUCCCUGAGCAUUAUGGACAGGAGGAUCUUAUGAGUGCACUUCUGAAACAGCAGGAAGGUAUUGGACAAGCUGAGAAUGAGUUUGACUUUGAUGGUUAUUCUCUAGACAACAUUCCUGUCUAGAAGAGACCUUGAUCAGUUCUUUCUGAUUGCAGUUACCAGUGUAAAUAGUUGCUGUUACAUAUGCACCUUAUCAUUCUGCAAUUAGCUAUUUUGGAACUGAGUCUAAAUUAUUCGACAACAGAAUCCAGUUGAUGUCUAAUAUUCAAAUUUCUGGGAGUAGUGUGUACUAUAAUGGUUUAGUCUGGACACUCAAGAUCUUUUAGUAAUUGAUCAAAGAUGAAUCAACUACGAAAACACGACCGCAUAAAUAUGCACAAGGCAAGGCAUGUGCAAAUUUUGACUGCAAUUGAUAGCAAAAUUUCUAGCAAAAUUUUCUAAUUUUAGGGUGUUUUUUUAAGAGUUUAUGUUGGAAUUUAGGACAGAAUUGCAGAAGCAAGGUUUUGAUACAUCUGCAAACUUUCGUAGGGGUAUUCCUAACUUGAAUAACACAUCAUGAAUGUUUUUUAUUCUUACUUUGUUCGUCUUUAAAUUUUACGUACUUCGAAGUAAAUGACAGCAGUAAGCAUGUAAAUAUUUUUUCAUUUGGUCUGACUAUUCUUUUUCUGGAUGCUUAUGUACCUUGGUUUGGUAGUUGUGUUUUUAUGUUUCAGCUGUGACUGAUAUGCUCUUUUCAUUAUGUUAUGCAUUCUUUGUACAUGAACAUGAAACAUGAUUUGGUA